CACACCGCCGCACUGUGGUCGACUGGUGCUCUCUGAUCGACCGUGCGGUGUUUGACUGAGCGUGCCUGUGAAGCCAGGCACCAACAAUCGAUACCAACAUCACAUCACAUCAUGGCGGCGCUGUCAUCACCGCUGCGAGUGUGUAGAGGAAUCCUCAAGGAGUUACGGACUUUACAUGGACAGAGUUACAGGGAAUCCCUGGCCUACGGUUAUGUCAUGGAGCAGUUUCGGAAAAAUAAGGUGACAGGAGAGAGAUUCUGCCGUCACCAGCAGGAGGUGCACCAUGUGUCGAACACGUACCUGUGUUUGCUGACAUCCACCAGGCACCACAUGGCCCUACACAACCUGUACCACGGCAAAGGAGAGCGCAGCACAGAAGAGGCGGCUCAAAUGGUGGGGCUCAGGCUGCCCACUCAGCCAGGAGGAAAAGGCUGGGAGAAGUGAGGACCGGGGGGGAAACGUGCAACAUCUAUGAACUCAUUCACAAGACUCUACUGACGCUUCUGAUUGGUUUCCAUUCAACAAUUCACUCAUGGUUAAAAUAUAUAUAUAUGAAAGUGGACGCCUGGAAACUUGUGCUGGAUUGGACCGUCUGGAGGAAGAAACUGUUUGUGCUGUAAAUACAUUGAACUAAAACUACUUUGACUUCUGUUCCCUUCAUGUUUUUCCAAAAAUUAAUAAAAACAAAAGUUAAACAAAA